AUGGACAACCAAUCGGGUUAUAACACCCCCCUUUCAGAAGUGUCCGACAAAGAAAGGGGGAGAAUAAAGCGGUAUAUAGGCGAAGGUAACCUCACGUCCGAACCCGGGACCGCCAGGACUGGUGGUAGUUUAAGAACCACACAGGUGAACUUGAGCGACCUGAGCGAAGACAGAAAGCACAUACUGGCGGCAAGGAUGAAGCAGACACGAGACGAGUGGGACCGAAGUGAGUACUCUGCGAAUACACUAGGUACCGUUGACGGAGGCUCCGUUGCGCACAGCCACAAGACAAGCCAGGUAGGCUUCGGCAACCUGGCAAACCGUCGUCAGGGCCAGCGCGCUCCUGCGGUUCCAGCCUUGACUACUCGAGGUCAGAGAGCGACGAGAAGUUUGGGCAGCGGUAGGUCUUUGACAAGCACACGAGGACGGGGAGAGGAGACUAAUAUUGACACUCCAGGUUCCAUCACCGGCGGCUUUGCUCCUGCUUCCAGGGCACACACUGCGGCUGGUGCUUUGCCUGCCCCGAAGUCACCCGCUGCGGCCGGUCCAUUUGUGCCUGCUACCACUGGCAUCGGCAGCUUUGUACCUGGUCCCAAAGCACCCACUGCAACCGGUGUCUUUGCGCCUGUCCCUACAGCACCUACUGGCGUCAGCGGCUUCCCUCCUGCCCCCAAGGCACCUACUAAGACCGGCGGUUUUAGACCUGUUCCUAAGGCCCUUUCUGUCAUCAGCGCAACGACAACGGUUAUUCGCGAUCCGACCGCCAACCCGGGACAAACCACAACUCCCCCCUCCCUAAAGGUCGACAAAGACGCAUCGCAGCUCGGGACUGGCUCCUCGGAGCAGACGGAGGAGCAGUUCAAGGAGCUCAUUGAUGAGAUGGCGGCUCUGCAGCAGAGCAUGUCUGUCAAUGAGCAGAAGCAGAGGUGGAUGUUCUUCAAUCUGCAGAAACAGCGGAAGGAGAAGGGCGCGGAGAAGAAUUAG